UUUUGAAAUCUGUGUGACAUGAAAAUAAAUAGACCUAGGUCUUUAAUUUUGCCUUUUGGAAUUUACAAACCAUUAGCCCAAAUAAAUGCAGAAGUUCAGGCUACUGUUUUUGCUACUCCGAUGUAGCCAGAGCAGAGGAGGCACAGUGCAGUCGCCAUUGAAUUUGUCGGUAGGGGGGGCUUUCUUCAGGCUGCGUUACUUCUGCGCAAGAGUGAUCAUUGCAAAACAGCGCAAAACAGUUGUCAUGCUCUCGCGGCUCUCCUGACAACAUUCCUCGUAGGGCUCGUGGAGUCUUCUUCUCCAGCCGUACUGUAGUUCUAGGUGCGGGACACCUCCCGAUUCGUGUUUGGGACCAUGACAGCCGAUUGCUCGGCACAUCUGGACCUCUCAUUCGGUAAAUGUGAAGCGCACAAUGCAUAGCCUGCCAUUCAGCACUAAAAGCGAUGUUUGUAGACCUCCUUGUUGACAACUGAUAGUAGUGAAUAACUCUGUUGCUUGGGGUAGCAUUCGCUAACUCGUUGUAUCGUGUCAUCUGGCUCCAUGCUCAGUCUUUUCCCACUGGUCCAUAAAAUACAGGUAUGUGGUUAUUAGUUCAUUGUGUAUCCAAGAGGGGAACACACAUAUAUAGACCUGUCUAUUAACCACAAACUUCUGUAGUGCAACAACAAGGACUUUGCCGUGCACAAUCCAGACCGAGGUGAACAAUGUCGAAUGAAAACGACUCGAAGCUUUUGGGUUCGGUGGUGUCAGACCCACAGCACUCCAAGAAGAUCCUGCGGGCCCUCCGAUCGUUUCAGCUGGAGCAGUGCUUUCACGACGCAAUACUGGUCAUCGACGACGAAGAGAUUCCUGUUCAGAAAAACAUAUUGGCAGCAGCCAGUCCUUACAUCAGGACCAAGCUUAACUACAACCCGCCUAAGGAAGAUGGGUCCAUGUACAGGAUUGAUCUUCAAGGGGUGUCCAGCCCCAUCAUGAAGCAGAUUCUGGACUACAUGUUCACCGGGGAGGUGUCGCUGAGCGAGGAGACCAUCCAGGACAUGGUGCAAGCGGCCGACCUGCUCCUGCUGACCGACCUGAAGGCGCUGUGCUGCCAGUUCCUGGAGAGCUGCAUCGCGGCCGAGAACUGCGUGGGCAUCCGGCUGUUCGCGCUGCACUACUGCCUGCACCACGUGUACCAUGUGGCCACCGAGUACCUGCAGACGCACUUCCGCGACGUCUCGGCCAGCGAGGAGUUCCGGGAGCUGCCGCCCGACCGCCUGUGCGAGCUGCUGGCCAUGGAGAAGCUGAACGUGGGCAACGAGAAGCACGUGCUGGAGGCCGUCACCCGCUGGCUGUCCCACGACCUGGAGGCCCGGAGGGUGCACAUGAAGGAAGUGAUGUCGUCGGUGUGGGUGCAGGGAUUGGAUGCGGGGUACCUGCGAGAGCAGAUGAUGGCGGACCCUCUGAUGAGGGAGGUGAUCGGGGAGUGCUGCAGCGACGCACUGGCAGGAAACAGCCAGCAGGGGGAGGCCAUGCUCGCCGCCUUCAAGCCACGCGGGUACUCAGAGUGCAUCGUCACCGUGGGAGGAGAGGACAGACACAAUCGCAGGCCGCUGGCGGUGGUGCGCUGCAUGUGCCCGCUGUACGACCCCAACCGGCAGGUCUGGAUCGAGCUGGAGCCCAUGGGCAUCGGGCGCGUCAACCACGGAGUCGUGGCUGCUGAGGGCUGCCUGUUUGCGGUUGGAGGGAUGGAUGAGACCAAGGCUAUUCUGAGCAGUGGAGAGAAGUACGACCCAGAGCUCAACGAAUGGAGCCCCAUCCCACCCAUGAAAUACGCGCGUCAGAACUUUGGGAUAGUGGAGCUGGAUGGCCUGGUGUACGUGCUCGGAGGCGAGAAUGAGGACUGUGAGCUUCUGAUGAUGGAGGCCUACGACCCGCAUAUUAAAACAUGGACCAGUCUACCUGAUAUGACGAUGGUUCGGAAGAUCGGCUGCUACGCGGCGAUGAGGAAGAAGAUCUACGCCAUGGGCGGGGGCUCUUACGGGAAGCUGUACGACUCUGUGGAGUGCUACGACCCCAAGCUGCAGCAGUGGACGGCCCUGUGCCCUCUCAAGGAACGAAGGUUCGGCUCAGUUGCCUGCGGAGUGGGCCAGGAGCUGUAUGUGUUUGGGGGCGUCAGGAGCCGCGAAACGGAGAACCCUGAGAACAGCACCAUGACGACCUGCAAGUCAGAGUUCUACCAUGACGAGAUGAAGAGGUGGAUGUUGCUAGACGACCAGAGUCUCUGUGUGACGACCAGCUCGUCGUUUGUGUACGGCGCCAUCCCCAUUGGCUCCAGCAUCUACGUGGUGGGGGACCUGGACACUGGCGUUGGGUACGACUACAUCCGUGAGUUCCGCCGCAGCACGGGGACGUGGCACCGCACCAAGGCCAUGGCCAGCUCGGACCUCUGCAAGACCUACUGCGCCGGUCUGCGCUUCGCCAACUGCAAGCUCUUCCGCCUGCAGCUCAAACAGGGCCUGUUCCGCAUACGCGUGCCCUCCUAGAUACACACACACACACACACACACACACACACACACACACACACACACACACACACACACACACACACACACACCUCAAACAGGGCCUGUUUCGCAUACGCGUGCCCUCCUAGACACACACACACACA